AUGGGUCUAGAACUUCCAUCGUAUAUCCUAGGAGCCCUGACAGCGUCAGGCGGUAUCAUGGGCUACGCAAGGACGAAGAGCCUGCCAUCCAUAAUCGCUGGGUGCACUGUUGGCUUGCUGUAUGGACUUGGCGGAUAUCGAACGCAGAACCACGAGCCGUAUGGAGUCGAGUUGAGCCUUCUCGCAUCCAUUAUCCUGGGCGGCUCGUCCAUUCCUCGGGCCAUUCGAUUGCAGAAGCCCGUCCCAGUCGCUCUCAGCAUACUGGCCACCAUUGGGGCGCUGAUCUUUGGAAAUGGGCUGUACCAGCAGAGCAAUUAG